GUCAGCUUGGUAAUAACAAAGUUGUUUGAAGGGUAAGCCUAUUCAUGUAAUAGGCUCCUGGAAAUGUUUUGUUUGUCAGUGGUUCCCGAAGAUUGCAGCGAUCAUGUUUAGUUUUUGCUUGUAUCUAUGAACAUAUAAUUCAAAAUAUACUGAACUGUAGAACAUAUUUUAUAUUAGAAAGAAAUUGAAAACAAUUCUCAAGGGCAGGAUGAAAAUGGAAAAGAAAGACAAAAUGUGCUUGACAUCAAUUGUGAUGGUAUUCACCAUGGUGAUCACUGUUGUGUCACUGGCCUGCUCUGUUACUUUUUACUAUGAGUUGCUUCAAGAAAAGGAAGAGUUGUUGAAAGUACAGGUGGCUGUAUUGAGAGGUGAAGAUGAAAUACAGGAAUUGAAAACUCGAAUAGAGGCUCUAGAAAAGCAGCAAUCGAGUUCUUCUGAUCAAAGUGGUAGAAUGGCUGAUGGAGUUGCACAUUCACAACGUGGAAAACGUCAAGCUGCAGGUACAUCUGCAAGUGGAUGUAUCUAUGGACGAGAUGGAAGAGAUGGCAUGGUAGGACCACAAGGACCACCAGGACAACAAGGACCACCUGGACCAGCGGGUAGAGAUGGAAGAGAUGGAUUGACAGGCCAGGGAUUAUCAACUGAAGAUAUUAGCAACCUUGUAGAGGCAUUUCAUACUAACUAUUGCAUAAAUAGGUCCACUGGUGCACAAGGAACCCAAGUAUCACCAGCACCGAUUGGCAGUAGCCCUCCUGGAACAGGGGGUGCUACGUAUGUGAGAUGGGGAAGGACAACCUGUCCCACUAAUGUAGAACAAGUCUAUUCAGGGAUAGCAGGAAAAUCACAUCAUAUUGAUAAAGGAGGAGGUGUUAAUUAUCUCUGCCUACCAAGGGAUCCAGAAUGGGGAAAGACAAUGGCUGGGUGGCAGACAGCAUCAUUUGCGAAUAUACAGGGAGUGGAAUUUGAACUUGGCUCGAACAACCCAUUCCUCACAGACAACUACCCAGACCCAAGCCAACCAGCUUCAUGGCUACACAACCAUGACGUGGUAUGCACUGUUUGUAGGGUUCCAGAGCGUGGUAGUCAGAUCAUGAUUCCUGCACAUAAAUCAUGUCCUGAUACCUGGACACUUGAGUACAAUGGCUAUCUUAUGAGUGAAGGUUAUAAGAAUUCAAAAUCAGACUACAUUUGUCUGGAUGAAGCUCCCGAAGCAGAUGAAGGAGGUCAUGAAGACAAGAAUGGGGCUUUACUGCUAGUAGUUGAAGCUGACUGUGGUCAUACUCUACCUUGCCCCAAUUACCAACAUGGUUUUGAGGUCACUUGUGCUGUGUGUACUAAAUAG